AAUGAUUCGAGUGCUUUUAUGCUGUAUAUGACCUGCGUCAACCUUGAAGCUGGCGAGGCGCAACGUGUAAACUAGAAUUAUUGCGCGGUUUUCUGACAAAUUAUAAGCAUGCAGCGACUGGCAUUUUCUGUACCGGAGAACCUUAAAGGGGUUCUAAGGAAUCCUAUGACGUACCUGAAGCCUUUGUCCAUCGGAUCGAUUCGCUUGUAUCCCGGUGAUGAGUUUGGUCGAGGUGCAGGCAAGGGUGGCGGUGGCGGAGGUGUUAUUCGUGAUGCUGGUGGAGCAUUCGGUAAACGAGAAGCGCGUAAUGAAGAGGAGUACUUUUAUAGAUUACAACAACAACAACUUCGUGCUUUAAAGAAGCAUUUAGAAGAGGAACAUGAACGUGAAGAGGCAGAAAUUAAACGACUUGAAGAAUCACUUAAACGUAGAAAGAAAUUAUUAGCUGAACUUGAAAAGAAGCAUGAUUAAGUGAAUAGACUUUUUAUAAUUCGUCUGUACAAAUUACAUUCACCUCAUGAGACCUGUAGCAAUGAUGCUGUCGAUGUUGAUGAGUGCAGGUGUAAAAUAAAAUUAGUCAGUCAGUCAGUCAGUUCUGUCUAUCUUUUUUAUUGUGCUGAUCUGACCAUUACAAUUUAUACUAGUAAAUAGUAUUAUUAAAAGAA